AUGGACUCAGACUACAAGUCCCGCAAGGAGGCUUUCGUGUCGAAUCUGAGCGGAGGAAGCAUCCUAGAAAUCAACGCAGUGACCCUCGUUGCUCCUGCCUCUGUUUUCCUCUGGUCGGUGCUCCAAUCGCGGCUCUCUUUUUUCACACCUUACGGUCCAGCGGCUCUCAUUACCGACUUCUUGCUCAACGUAUUAGCGAUCCUAUUCGCGACGACUCUAUACUCCUCCGCUCCGUGGCUCUUAAAUGUUCUCCUGAUAUCUCCGGCCAUCUUGCUUCUACUGAGCACGCGGCCUCGUCGGCCACAGACAAAAGCGAAGCCUCCGCAGACCGCAGCCUCGCAACAUGCACCAGUCGCGCCAGUAUCCUUACCUAUCCACCCAUUCCUCACAAUCUACCGCGCAGCCAUGAUGAUCAUUACCUGUAUUGCUAUACUGGCUGUUGAUUUUCGCGUCUUUCCCCGUCGUUUCGCCAAAGCCGAAAACUGGGGUACAUCACUGAUGGACCUGGGUGUGGGAUCCUUUGUGUUUUCGGGAGGUGUAGUAUCUGCACGCUCUGUUCUUAAGAGCCGGGAGGCCGGUACAUCACAGAAUAAAACACUGGCACAGAGAUUUACUUCGUCAAUGCGGCAUUCCAUCCCGCUUCUCGUUCUAGGUCUUAUCCGACUAUAUAGUGUCAAAAAUCUGGACUAUGCAGAGCAUGUCACCGAAUAUGGGGUGCAUUGGAAUUUCUUUUUUACACUAGGAUUCCUUCCUCCAUUCGUGGAGAUAUUCGAGGAUGUGGCCACACUUAUACCUUCAUAUGAGGUUCUCUCGCUUGGUGUUGCGGUGCUUUACCAGGUAGCGCUGGAGUCUACCGACCUGAAGGGUUAUAUCCUCAUCUCCCCGCGAGGAAGUGACCUUCUUUCGAAGAAUCGUGAGGGAAUUUUCUCUUUUUUGGGGUAUCUAGCGAUCUUCCUUGCGGGGCGUGCCACAGGAAUUAGAAUUAUUCCUAGUGGGAUGACCCCUUCGACAACCCCACAACAGGCUAGAAAGCGCGUACUGAUCCGCGCGGCAAUUCAAACGCUGGGAUGUAUAACGCUAUUUGCACUGAACUCAACAUACUUCCUAGGGUUUGGUGCCAACAUCCCGGUUUCCCGACGCCUGGCCAAUAUGCCAUACGUUCUCUGGGUUGCAGCCUUCAACAACGCCCAACUCUUCCUAUUCUGCCUUAUCGAAACGAUAUUCUUCCCCUCUGUCCACCGAGCAUCGACGGGGAAGAAUGAGGAAGUAGAGCGGAUAACCCUCGCGACGAGCCCGAUUAUGAAAGCCUUUAACAGUGGCGGGCUUGCCAUUUUCUUAAUCGCUAAUCUACUCACUGGGGCCGUCAAUUUAACCAUUCCAACAUUGGAUGUUAACAACACCCAAGCCUUGCUAGUUCUGGUUGGGUACGCCGCCGUUACCACGGGCAUCGCUUUGGGACUUGAUGCUAUCAACUUCAAAAUCAAAUUAUAG